ACCUAUACAAAGCGCCAUGCAGCCGGUGUAAAUUGCAUGUCCUUUGGUGUUCAGCAAGCAUGAAUGAGUAUGGCACCGUUCGGCGUGUCUCCACGCCAUCAAGACUGUCGGCCUCGAGGUUGAAACGCAGCUGGUUCCGACGGGGAAAUCUGAACAACUCUGCAACCGAGAAUUUGGAUGCCGCUGCUGCAGUCUCGACAGGCGAUGCGGCGUUCAAGCAGAGCCUUGAUGCUCAACUUGAUGCUCAACUCCUUGUUCAGGCCAAGGGCACAAAGGAGGAGGUCGAAAUGCAGAUAGAAGAGGCGAGGGCGGCGUAUAUGAGCUGGCUCGAGGGACGACAAACCGGCUCAAGGCGAUAUGGAACCGCUUUCCAGGUAUUUAUAACCCGGUUCUCUAACUUUCUCACAGCGUACUCGGGGAUCGUGGAAGUGGUCAAAAAUGCAAGUGCUCCAUAUGGCAAUCUGGCAUACGGAACGCUGUCGCUCCUCUUGAUUGUUGUGGUCAAUAAGACGGGAAACGACGAGAAGAUCGCAAAGGCACUGGCUGACUUGGAGUAUUCUUUCCCGCGGUUGAAUCUCCUCUCAGACAUCUACCCAGAGCCGCAGAUCGAGAAGCUAGUGGCCGAGGCAUACAGAGAUAUGGUCGACUUCGCCAGAAAGGCUGUGUUGUACUAUAUAAGUGCACCCACGAGAUACCUCGCGGCCGGAGACCCGCAACAAGAGGUCGAGUUCAGAAUGUCCAUCGAAAGUCUUCGUCACAAACUUGUGGAAGUUAACCUCGAGAGCACCGUUCUGCUCCACCAGAGAGCUAAAUAUAUUGAAGAGCAGAAUGAAGCAUUGCUGCGUGGAAACAGGGAACUCAAGCAACAAAUGAGAGUCAUAGAAGAUCUCAAUAUGGAUCUGCGAUCACAGCUCGAGCGACUGCGUCAGACCAUCCACGAGGAACAGGUGCAAAGAGACCGGAAAGAAUUUGCCAACUUCCGGGCAUUGGUCAAUGUCCCGGAGACAAGCGACCACACAGAUAUCCAAUCCUGCAAGCGGACCCUCGGAGGAGCAUUCCCUGUGCUGAUGGGUGCGAAGCCUGGGAAGAUCGCGCGGUGGUACUCGCAGUUGACCCCGGACGUAUUGAACAACGAAGAAUCUUACCGCGUUUGGUUGGAGAGCGACCGCUCCUGUUUGCUACUUUUGGGUGGCGCCAGCCUCAUGGAGGGUCGAGCCAACAUAAGUACGUGUUCGUGGCUGUCUCCAGCGACCAUAUAUGUGGCAGAAGACCAGCUUUCCGAAAACCGACACGUGGCAUUCCACUGCUGCCACCCGCAGAUCCUCUCCGAAAAGUGCGGUGUCCACGAAGCUAUCUUGAGCCUUAUAUGUCAAAUAGUAGGGUGGAAGCCUGACAUCCUGCGACAAAACUCGAGUUUCCUGUCUUUGGCACGAACAAUCUCCUGGAAAGAUGCUGGGGAUGAUGUUGUGAAUGCAAUGUUCAAGAUGCUGAGCGACCUACUUACCGAACUCCGAUCAGAAGAGCCGGUUUAUAUCAUUUUGGAUCGUGCGGACCAGUGUGAUUAUCGGCCUUUCCAGCUGGUGCAGAAACUGAUGGAGGUGAUUCGGAAAGCACGGAGCAUAGUGAAGAUGAUGGUUGUGAUGGAUUCGGCGCACUGGGGAAUCGAUUCCUGGUUGUGUGACGGCUUGAAGGAAGACUCCGAGGGUUCCUUCGUAGGGAGAUGGGAUUGGGACCAACAGCAACUUGGAUUCCAGGACCUAAGUAGUUUCCUCAACUAGCGGUUUUCCGGAGAGCUGGUUAGCAGAGCCGCAAUAGCCGUUGCUCCUGCUUAGAGUUAUAAUGGGUCGCUUCCUCAAC